AUGUCCCAACCCUCCUCAAUCGCCAUCCCCUCUACCUUGCCCAAUUUAUCCUCAAACGACUUCAAAGGCGACACGAAGACUGGUGAUCCACCUUCUUCUCCUCUGGAACAGGAACCAGUCCAAGUUUUGACACGAGAGGUCAUAGCUGUAAAACUCAUGGACGAGGUUGAGAAGGACAAGAAAGGUGAAUCGUCGAAAGUAUGGAAUGGCCGAGAGAAGGUUGCUCCGGGGGAUAAUGUGAAUGCGGAUGAAGAAGAUCAUGCUGAUGGGUCAUUUGCUCCCCCCGGAGAGGUUUCGAUCAUAGACGAGCAAGGGAGCCCUCGUACGGAAAAGUCACUUGUGGCUAACGAGGAAGGGAAUGUUUCUACACCACUUAUUUCGAAUGAUAAACAAGAUUAUAUCUCAUCUUCAACACUUGUCUCGACUCCCACCGUAGAAGACAGCAAAAUUAUAGAUGAUCCAUCAAUUUUAUCACCUGCUAUCGAAGCCAGUCCCACUGCUCCUGCCGUUUCUCGCGGGACAGCAUCCAUCGCUCGGUACCCCAGAGGUAAUCGACGACCUAAAGGAUGGAUAUCCUCCCUCAAUCAUCCUCGAGCAAUAUCCAACCUUACCGACCAACAGAUCGCUCUUACUCCUCCAAGGUCAAGUUCCACUUCUGACUUACCCAAGGUGGAGAACAGAGCCAGAGUAUCUUCAGUCCAUGUUCAUCAACAGCAACGGGGAGGAACGAGGGAAAUAUCAGGUACGAUGCAACAUGCUUUCGCCCAGCCUCAACCUCAAUCCCAACGUAUGUCUCGAGAAAGUCAAGUCCAACACGGAGCUGAAGAUGAGGAUCGCUUCGGUUAUGAAGAUGAGGGUGUGAUUGGUGAUGGGUUACUUGCUGGGGCUAUUGAGGAAGAAGAGCUAGCUGAACAAAUAUCGGCUGAGGAUGAAGCUAGAAUAAGAUACGAAGUUGGUUUAUCCCAGGACCAAGAUGAAAUUUGGAUGGAAUACGUUAGAAAUCAAUUAUCAAGUUUGUUUCCUGAUUUCUUCGGGGCUAAUCCUGGUCAACUCCAAAGUCAGAUAGGUGAAGCAACAUAUCUUCGACACGAAUACCAACAAGAAGCGGAAUCUGGAUCCUUCCAAGAAUCGCAAGGGGAAGGAGAAGUGGAAGGAGAAGGAGGGGAACAGAUGGCAAUGGAAGAUGUUGUAGAGAGAAUUGGAUCACCGUUAUUCCCAAGAGAAGAUACCAUUUCACAGCCGGACGGGCAAAUCAGAUCCCCCCCAAGAGCGAUGAUUGACUCUCCAACAGUUGGUAGAAGCGUAUCGUUAAGAAAUGGGCAUGAUGUAUUUUCGACACCUGCCACCAACGAUCGAAGUUUUGUCAGUGCCAGUUCAUCAACAGAUUUUUCGUCCCUUCCUACUCCGCCCUUGAGGUCGAAUGCGGAAUUGUUAAGAGGGAAUGUGGUAAUUCCGAAUGUAAGAGAUGAGAUUAGCGGGUUGAGGGAUGAGAUUGAGAGGUUGAGAAGUGUUGUUGGUGGAUUGGCUCAGGAGCUGGGUGCCGGCGGGACCGGUCAACAGCGAGAAAUACCAAGUGAGGAAGUGGCGAGGGAGAAUGAGAAUGAGAUUGAUGGAGGUGUUGUAACUGCGGAGUGGCAGGUAGAGGGUGUAUCGGAUGAUGAGGAGCAGGGUCGUGGACAUGAUGCCGUGCGGAUGCAGGAGGAAGAGGAAAUCAAAAAAGGGAGAGUGGAGGAAGAAGACAAUCGAAUAGGAAAGACUGAUUCAGGAUCAGUCGUGGAGGGCGAGAUAACAAAGACAGAGAAGAAGGAGCAAGUUUCAGAAGCUUUCUUGAAAACCGCCAACAUCUCAGCCGAGAUCAUCCGUCUUCUUGAUUCACAGAUCAGCAAGUCAGCUGAGAGAGAUACAGAGGGCAGUGGUACUCGAUCCGAUGAAGCGAUAUUAAGCACGAUGAACCUUGAGAAGAUUAUGCGAUAUGUUAAAGGACUCGGUACGAGCUGA